CCCGCGCUCUACGUGCAGCUGCACGGCGAGACGAGCCGGCGGCUGGAGGCGCACGAGAAGCCGCUGCAGCUCCAGAACGACUACCUCUCCCAGCUGGGCUUCCGGGACCUGUGGCGGCUCCAGGAGGAGGGCAUGGACGCCGAGACCGGCUGCCUCAUCCGCUUCUACGCGGGAAAGCCCCACAGCAUUGGCAGCUCCGAACGGAUUCAGCUCUCAGGAAUGUACAACGUUCGGAAAGGGAAAAUACACUUGCCAGUCAACAGAUGGACGAGACGCCAAGCCAUCCUCUGUGGAACGUGUCUGAUCGUCUCCUCGGUGAAGGAGAGCCAGACUGGCAAGAUGCACGUCCUCCCUUUAAUCGGUGGCAAAGUGGAAGAAGUGAAAAAGCACCAGCACUGUUUAGCAUUUAGCUCCUCUGGACCUCAAAGCCAGACCUACUACAUCUGCUUCGAUAACUUCACCGAGUACUUGCGAUGGCUUCGACAAGCGUCCAAGGUUGCAUCACAGCGCAUAAGCUCAGUGGAUCUUUCAUGCUGCAGCCUGGAGCACCUGCCUGCCAACCUGUUUUAUAGCCAAGACCUCACUCAUCUCAACCUAAAGCAGAACUUUCUGAGGCUGAACCCUAGUCCAUCCACGAACAGAGCCCUUAGCGAACUGCAAAGAUUCACCAAGCUGAAGAGCCUUAACCUUUCCAACAACAACCUGGGCGAGUUCCCCGUGGCCGUGUGCGGCCUGCCGACGCUGGCUGAGCUGAACGUGUCCUGCAACGGCCUCCGCCGCGUGCCGCCCGCCGCCGCCGACAUGCACAACUUGCAGACCUUUCUGCUGGAUGGAAACUUGCUCCAGUCCCUUCCUGACGAACUGGAGCGUAUGCAUCAGCUCGGCUACGUCAGCCUGUCCUUCAAUGAGUUCACUGACAUUCCAGGAGUGUUAGAGAAGCUGACUGCUAUGGAUAAGCUCUGCAUGUCAGGGAACUGCUUGGAUACCCUCGACCUCCAGGGGUUAAAACGGAUGCCUCAUAUUAAACACGUGGAUCUAAGAUUGAACUCAAUCCAGAGGCUGGUGGCGGACGAAACGGACUUUCUGCCCCACGUGACCCAGCUGGAUGUGCGGGACAACAAGCUGGGCGAGCUGGAUGCAACCGUCUUCAGCAACGUGGAAGUGCUGCACUGCGAGAGAAACCAGCUGGUGACCCUCAAAAUCAGCGGGUAUUUCCUCAAGGCGCUUUAUGCGUCCUCAAAUGAACUUGUUCACCUUGAUGUGUAUCCAGUUCCGAAUUACCUGGCUUAUAUGGAUAUUUCUAGGAACCACCUGGAGACCCUGCCCGAGUGGGUAUGUGACAGCAGAAAGCUGGAGGUGUUGGACGUUGGCCACAACCAGAUUCGCGAGCUGCCUACCCGGCUGUUUUACAACAGCAGCUUGCGGAAGCUGCUGGCUGGACAUAACUUGCUAGGAAGGCUACCGGAUCGGCUCGAACGAAUGCAAGUAGAGGUCCUGGACGUGCAGCACAACCAGCUCCUUGAGCUGCCAUCUAACCUGCUUCUGAAAGCAGACAGCCUGAGAUUUCUUAAUGCCUCAGCCAACAAACUGGAAAUGCUUCCUCCAGCCACUCUUUCAGAAGAGACCCAUAGCAUCUUGCAGGAGUUGUAUUUGACCAACAACAAUCUCACAGAUAAAUGUGUACCCUUGUUAACUGGCCAUCCACACCUAAAAAUCUUGCACAUGGCCUACAAUCGCCUGCAGAGCUUCCCUGCAAGCAAAAUGGCCAAGCUGGAGGAGCUGGAGGAAAUCGAUAUUAGCGGGAACAAGCUGAAAGCCAUUCCAACAACCAUUAUGAACUGCAGGCGCAUGCACACGGUGAUGGCUCACUCCAACUGCAUUGAAGUCUUCCCAGAAGUCAUGCAACUUCCUGAAAUAAAGUGUGUGGAUCUGAGCUGCAAUGAACUGAGUGAAAUCACACUGCCUGAAAACCUGCCUCCCAAGCUGCAAGAGCUGGACCUGACUGGAAAUCCCAGGCUAGCCUUGGACCACAAAAGCCUAGAGCUGCUCAACAAUAUCCGCUGCUUCAAGAUUGACCAGCCCUCGGCAGGAGAUGCCUCAGGAGCUCCAGCAGUGUGGAGCCACGGUUACACAGAAGCAUCAGGAGUCAAGAACAAGCUGUGCGUGGCGGCGCUCUCGGCCAACAACUUCUGCGACAACCGCGAGGCCCUGUACGGCGUCUUCGACGGCGACCGCAAUGUGGAGGUGCCCUACCUGCUGCAGUGCACCAUGAGCGACGUCCUGGCCGAGGAGCUGCAGCGGACCAAGAACGAGGAGGAGUACAUGAUCAACACCUUCAUCGUCAUGCAGCGGAAACUUGGAACAGCCGGACAAAAACUUGGAGGCUCUGCUGUCCUUUGCCACAUAAAGCAUGAUCCCAUGGACCCCGGUGGGUGCUUCACGCUAACCUCAGCAAACGUGGGGAAGUGCCAAACCAUCCUCUGCCGGAAUGGGAAGCCUCUGCCGCUGUCCAGGUGUUAUGUGAUGAGCUGUGAAGAAGAGCUGAAGAGGAUCAAGCAGCACAAGGCCAUUAUCACAGAGGACGGCAAAGUGAACGGUGUGACAGACUCCACGAGAAUCUUGGGCUACACCUUCCUUCACCCGAGCGUCGUGCCGCGUCCUCACGUGCAGUCCAUCACGCUGACCCCGCAGGACGAGUUCUUCAUCCUGGGGAGCAAGGGCCUGUGGGAGAGCCUCUCCAUGGAGGAGGCGGUGGAGGCGGUGAGGAACGUGCCCGACGCGCUGGCGGCCGCCAAGAAGCUGUGCACGCUGGCGCAGAGCUACGGCUGCAACGACAGCCUGAGCGCCGUGGUGGUGCAGCUCAACGUGUCGGAGGAGAGCUGCUGCUGCUGCGAGCUGGCCGGCGUGCCCCCGCCCAGCCCCGGCAUCUUCGCGCCCUCCGUCAGCGUGGUCAUCAAGGAGCGGCCGGCCGAGGCGCUCGCCAUGCCCUCCUCCAGCAGCGGCGUCGCCUCCGAGAUCAGCAGCGAGAUCUCCACGUCGGAGAUGAGCAGCGAGGUGGGCUCCACGGCCUCGGACGAGCCGCCGCCGGGCACGCUGAGCGAGAGCGGCGCCGCCUACGCCGGGGAGCCGCGCUGCUCGCUGCACCCCGUCUGCCUCUCGGGCUCCUUCCAGCGGCAGCUCUCCAGCGCCACCUUCUCCAGCGCCUUCUCCGACAACGGCCUCGACAGCGACGACGAGGAGCCCAUCGAGGGCGUCUUCAGCAACGGCAGCCGCGUGGAGGUGGAGGUGGACAUCCACUGCGGCCGCGCCAAGGAGAAGCAGCUCCUGCAGGCGCCCCCCGAGGCCAGCGACGAGGGCAUCGUCAUCAGUGCCAACGAGGAGGAGCCCGGCGCGCCCAGGAGAGCCGAGGGCUCCGCCACGGGCACCAUGGGGCGCCGGCGGGGCAACGGCUCCGUGGCGCCGCACGAGCGGAGCCACAACCUCAUCGAGGUGGCGGCAGACGCGCCGCUCAGGAAGACGGGCGGCUACUUCGCCGCUCCGGCGCAGCCCGAUCCGGACGACCAGUUCAUCAUCCCCCCGGAGCUGGAGGAGGAGGUCAAGGAGAUCAUGAAGCAGCACCAGGAGCAGCAGCAGCAGCAGCAGCAGCGGCAGUACCAGGUGGAGCACGUGGCAGACUAUUACGAUACUCCGCUAUGA